CUUGCUCCGAGGAGCCAUAAAGGAACGAAGCUCAGCUCCCGACAGAGCAGCAGCAGUAGUACGUAGGGAGCAGAGGUGCGUUUUCUCCCAUCGUAGCAAUGCUGGCAAAGCCCGACGUCCCCGCGCCCGCCUCCCCCUUGAAAGGAGGGCGCUCCCCCGCAGUCAAAGCUGGAGGUAUGAGAGUUUCUAAGAAGCUGGAGAAUGCACCUGUUGAAAGGAAUCCCAAAGUUCAUGGGAAAGAAAAGACCAGCACAAUCAGCAUUGCAAAAAUGCAAAGCAUGAGUGCCUUGCUAGCAGAUGCCUUGGAGAAACUCAGGCAUAAAUUCCCAGCAGCAGCCACACAAGCAGCACAUCAAAAGCCACGGCCUACCCUGGAAAAGAUUAUACCGCCCAAAAGAAUGUGCAUUAUUCAGCAACCUCGGAAAUGUUAAAGAUGCAGAGUAAAAUAUUCAUAUAUCUGACAGACUUGCUCUUAACAAAACAGCACUUAGCUAAGCAAGCAGUAAAGGGACCAACUGUCUCAUGCAGAUUCUACUUUGUAUUUUUUGGCAAUAAAAUCUCUUUACGUUCUGCAA